AUGUCUGCGGAAAUCUCGACGCCCAACGCUGCUCCCAAGCCCUCAUCCCUACACAUCGAGGAUACCGAAGACGAUGGCAAGAUCAGCAGCAUUCGACAUGGCGAUACAGCCCUGGCAUUGUUCGCCACGGCCGAUGAACUGCAAUCCGUCGACGCAGCCGAACUAAAGCGAUUGGAGAGGAAGAUAGACUGGGCAAUCCUGCCAUGUCUGUCCGUCUGCUAUGCCUUUUACUAUAUCGACAAGACCACCCUCUCCUAUGCGGCCAUCUUUGGCAUCAAGGACGAUCUACACCUGUCCGGCCAGCAAUACUCCUGGCUUUCGUCGGUGUUUUACUUCGGCUUCCUCGUCUGGGCCAUCCCUACCAACUUUCUUCUCCAGAAGUUCCCCGUGGCCAAAUAUCUCGGCGUGAACAUCAUUCUAUGGGGCGUCUUCCUCAUGCUACAGGCUGCGGCGAAGAACUUCACACAGCUCGUUGUCUUGCGAGUUAUCUCAGGGGCUGCGGAGGCAUGCAGUGAUCCUGCCUUCAUGUUGAUCACGAGCAUGUUCUACACGAGACGCCAGCAGCCCAUCCGCAUCGGGCUGUGGUAUACUGCCAACGGACUCGGCAUUGCCCUCGGAGGAUUGCUGGGGUAUGGCAUCGGGCAUAUCCAGGGGGCUCUGUCCUCGUGGAAGUACGAGUUCCUCAUCAUCGGCGCGCUAUGCACCGCCUGGGGCAUCGUCAUCUUGAUCCUGCUGCCCGACUCCCCGGUGACGGCGCGCAAUCUUUCCCCACGGGAAAGACGGUUGGCGGUGGAGAGGCUCCGGGACAACCAGACAGGCGUGGAGAACAAGGUCCUCAAGCCAGCGCAGGUCCUGGAGGCGCUACUCGACUGGAAAGUGUGGGCGUUCCUGCUGUUGGGGCUCUCUGGCAACAUCCCCAAUGGCGGAAUCUCCAAUUUCGGGACCUUAAUCAUUUCGGGAUUCGGCUUUUCGACCUUGGUGACGACCUUGAUGCAAAUUCCCUACGGCGUGUUUAUAACCCUCAUGAUCCUCCUCAGCGUGUACAUCAACGAUCGCCUGCCGCCCAACAACCGCUGCAUCGUGACCAUCCUUUUCCUCCUCCCCAAUGUUGCAGGUGCAUUCGGACUCGGCUUCCUCGCUGAAGAUAACCGCGUCGGUCGGUUGAUCUGCUACUACUUAACCGGGUCGUAUAACGCCUCCUUCGUUCUCAUUCUUUCCAUCCUGACCGCCAACAUCGCCGGUCACACGAAGAAGGUCGUCACCAACGCGAUGAUCUUUCUCGGAGUGUGUGCGGGAAACAUCGCCGGUCCGUUCUUCUACAAGUCAGACCAAGCACCGCAGUACCAGCUGGGAAUCUGGUCGAUGAUCGUGUCCAACUUGAUUGAGAUUGCACUGGUGGUGAUUUUGCGGAUCAUGCUGGCGUGGGAAAACCGUCGACGGGAUGCAGCGCAGCAGCACGGAGACCCCACGGCAUGGGACCGCGACCAGACGGCUUUCAGUGACCUCACGGAUAAGCAGAACUUGAAUUUCCGGUACGUGUACUGA